AUGAUCAUUCCUGUCCGCUGCUUCUCCUGCGGCAAGGUAAUUGGUGACAAAUGGAACGCCUAUCUUGCCUUGCUCCUCGACGGUCGCACCGAAGGUGAGGCUUUGACAGAGCUCGACCUUAAACGCUACUGCUGUCGUCGAAUGGUCUUGACCCACGUCGACCUCAUCGAGAAGCUUCUACACUACAACAUCCACGAGCGCAGAGUUCAAGCUUGA